AUGGCUUCCAGUAUACCGCUUCCUAUCCCUCCUCGCACCCCGACUCCGCCAUCGGACGACGGCGCCCAUCAUGUUUCGCGGAGCCCAGGCGUGCCUAUCGAUCGAGACUCCUUGUCGCCACUGCGAGAAACUUUCACCAGGAGUAUUCCGCUCGAUGCCAAAGGCCAGGACCGCCUUAGUCCAACAAAAUCAUCAUUCAGUUUGAGCCCAGGGCUUUCAGACGCGAAGAAUGGCUCGGUUGAUACUGCCACCGCGGGGCCCUUCAACUUCGAUACCACGGUGAUGGCAAAAGGCCCAGUGGUCAAAUCGAAUAUUGGACAGCGCCGUGGUCACAAAUACAAGCACAGUAGUAUCUCCCACCAGAUCUUUCUGGAGCCUCCGCCACGCGCGCCAUUGGCUCUACCCAAUUCUCUCCCAAUUCCAACACUCAAAGAGUGCCGGUCAAGCAUGUCGAAAGAACAGAAAACACGCUUCUGGUGGUCUCUAUGCCACAUGUUCGUCGCCGCAUACACACUUUGGACAGCCCAUGGCUCGUUAGCUAUGACAGCCUUGUCGCAUCUAAUCCUUUUUGACUCUUUGGGUGCUCUUCUCUGCGUGGUGGUAGAUGUGCUUGGAAACUUUGAGGUCUGGAGGCGAUCUAGCAUACGCCAUCCGUUUGGAUUGGAGCGGGCCGAAGUACUCGCUGGUUUCGCCAUGUGUGUAUUGCUGCUGUUCAUGGGCCUGGAUUUGAUCUCCCACAACCUGCAGCAUUUCCUGGAGAAGGCAGGCCAUGAACCCCACCAUGAGCAUGAGCAUGAUCGCGUUUCUCUUGGAAGUGUGGAUGUGACUGCUGUUUUGGCCAUCGCCUCGACUCUUGUGUCGGCGAUUGGACUCAAGAACCAUGCUCGAAUUGGGAAGGCCAUGCGGUUCGGAUACAUAGAGUCUCUCCCCUCGGUUCUCAGCAACCCGACUCACUUUCUGACGCUCUCAUGCUCUGCUCUUCUUCUGCUUUUGCCAUUGGUGUCGAUUCGGAUCUAUGACUGGCUUGACAAGCUCUUAUCUGGAACUAUUGCUGUAGCCAUGUGCGCGCUGGGAGUGCGUCUUGUGAAAACAUUAGGUUCAAUGCUUCUCAUGUCUUAUUCGGGCCCAGGAGUGUCAGAUGUCAUCAAGGAUAUCGAGGCUGAGCCUUCUGUAUUUGGUGUUGAUGAUGCGCGAUUCUGGCAGGUCCAUUAUGGCCUGUGCAUGGCGAACCUCAAAGUUCGCGUUUCUGGAAACGAAGAUAACAUUGCUCGUCUCCGAGAGAAGAUUUCUAGCUUGAUUCGGAACAGACUUGGUGGGGGAUAUGGCACCGGAGGCCAGAAAUGGGAGGUUUCUCUCCAGUUUACGAUCGAACGGACUUCGAUGUCUGGGCCAGUUAUAUGA